UCUCCAUCCAGCCGGCCGCGGCAAGGGCGCAUGCGCAGUGUCGGCGUGCGGCCUAGUCCGUGAGGACGGCGGCGAAGGGGAGCUCAAGGGGAGGCCGCGCCGGGUCAACUCGUUCGCCUGCCGGCCGCCUCCGCCGCUAUGCCGGCCACGAUUGAAGUGCCCUCACUGGAGGAGCUCAAAGUGGAGGAGGUGAGCGUUAGCUCUGCAGUCCUGAAAGCAGCAGCCCACCAUUAUGGCUCGCAGUGUGACAAGCCCAACAAGGAGUUCAUGCUUUGCCGCUGGGAGGAGAAGGACCCGCGGAAGUGUUUAAGGGAAGGCAAGGAAGUGAACAAGUGUGCACUGGAGUUCUUCAGGCAGCUCAGGCUGCAUUGUGCCGAGCCGUUCACCCAAUAUUGGACCUGCAUCGACUACAGCAACAUACUGGCGCUUCACAACUGCCGGGAGCAGCAGAAGGUCUUUGACGAAUGUGUGCUGGAGAAGCUGGGCUGGGAGAGGCCAGAUCUGGGGCAGCUGUCCAAGGUCACCAAAGUGAAGACGGACCGGCCAGUCCCUGAGAACCCCUAUCAUUCCAGGCCGAGACCACCACCAAACCCACCCGUCGAAAGCGAGUUGAAGCCUGCAAAAUACGGUAGCCGGGUGUUUUUCUGGAGUUGGUAACAGGAGGGUGGGUGAGGCCAGCGGAGGACCCCCUCUCGGCCGCUUCAGAACAGUGGCACACGUCCUGCCGAAUGUAAAUUUACUCUUUGCUGCUGUACAGUGGAUGCCGUCUAUCUUUGGUGGUCAUUAAAUAUCUGUUCUUUAAACAGUA